AAUCUGUAUUUUUCAUCUUUGAUAAGAUUCUACACUUUGAAGUAGAUUGUUUGAAAUGCAAAGACCUAAAGCCAAAAUUAUCCAGGUGGCAAGGCUGGCAGCUGUUUCUUCUGGUUUGCCAUUUGCAUGUAUUACUGUAUAUGCAGCAACAGAAAAGGAAUCAAAGAGUCAGCCGGUGAAGCCAAAUCAGCUUCCAAUUUACUGUCCACCACCUCUGAAAUCAAAAUACAUUGAAGAACAGCCUGGUGACUUGCAGAAGCGAUUUUCUUCAAUAAGACAGACAACUGGCCGCUAUAUUGGAUGGUGCAAGGAUGCUUUUGUCUUUGUUAAAAAUGGAAUAAUGGAUUCAAUUCAAUUUGGAAAAGAUGCUUAUGUUUACCUGAAGAAUCCACCACCAGAAUUUCUUCCCAAAGUUAGUGUAAUUACAAUAUCAGGCUUAGCUGGCAUAGUGCUGGCAAGAAAAGAUUCUAGAUUUAAGAAAAUCGCUUAUCCGCUGGGACUUACUACUUUAGGAAUUUCUGUGUGUUACCCAGCUCAGUCAGUGGUAUUUGCUAAGGUAACAGGGAAAAAGUUAUUUUCUGCAAGCCAUCAAACCUAUGAAGCUGUGCGAUCGCUAUGGGCAAAAAAGGAAGAUGUCACCAAGCUGCAGCAAGAAUCAAAAUCGGUUACGCAAGAAGAUAAGAAAAAGAAGGAAAUUCCUAGUACAAAACCCGAGUCUGCUAUUGAGUCAAGAUCUCUUAACAGAACAGAAUUUUCUCCAGUAGAAUCUUGGAGUAAUAAAGAUCCAGUGCCUUCAUCAGGAACAGUGAAGACACCAAAAUUUAAGCCUGAUCCAAAACUUAUGGACCAUGGUCAGUCCAGCCCAGAAGAUGUGGAUAUGUACAGUACUAGAAGCUAAGACAAAUCUGGUUACAAAUCUUUGCGAAGUAUUACAGAUAAGGGGGAGGGAAGACGGGAAGGAAUAGUCCUUACAAUACACACUCUGUGAGGUAUAAUUUAAUCAGGUAUUUUCUUAUAUCCCAGUUUGUAUUAUUGACUUACAUGAUUCUGUUCAGUGAAUAUUUUGUUUCUCUCUACUUAAAAGCGGUGAGAAUUCACUCAUUGUCAGUGUCAUUAGCGAGACACUGAGAAAAUGUGUCUUCUCACAAAGAGGUUUCUCUGUGCCAAGCUUGUUAAUAAAUGUCACUUUACAAAGGAUAUUUGAAAAUGUAAACAUAUCUCUGUACUUCGGCUCAGAUGUUCAUUGAUCUGAAAGAAGAAUGUGAUGGGUGGGGUUUGCAGAGGCUUCUUUGUAUUUUUUCUUGCGGCUCUGGAAUGAAGAGCAACUUCUUAUUGGUCUGAGUACCCUUAUAAAGUUGGUUGUUGUAUCAUACGAAUAGCAUUAUCUUUAAUGCUUGUAUAAACAAGUCACUUGUUAUUUGCCUCUUUCACGAAGAUGAAUGGAAACAACUUCUUGUCCUACAUGCUUCUUGUGUAUUUAAAUGUCACUUAAGUUGGAGAAAAAACAUACCUGAUUUCUAAAACAUCCUUUAUAGACUAUGCAUUAGUUUUCACCAACUUCUAAUUCUUUGAAGAACUGUAUGCACAUUGCUUAAUCCAUGAAACUGAUACUGUUUGAAUUUAUGUAGAAUGCAUUAGCAGUGUUUAGGAAGUUGGAAACCUUCUGUAGUUUUGAGGUUAAGUGCUGACAAAUACUAAAAAAUGUAGAAGUCAUAGGCAGCCAACUUUUUCUUCCCAGGAGUUUGCAUGCAAUACCCGCUGAUCUUGGUAGAAUUUCUGUGAAAUUCUCUAUUUUUCCAUAAGAAUGAAAUUAGAAAUUGAUUAAGUUUCCUAGGAUGAAGCUUUCAAACACUGCUUUUAUCAUUGUGUAUAUCACUCCUGGUCAUUUCCAUUUCUCUUUAAAACACUCUUACAAGGGUUGGAAUAGUUCUGGUGGUCUUCAUUGAACAGAGUGCACAAUCAGUACACAAUGAUAAUCAGCCUCUGCCUAGAGUUACUCUCAUCUGUAUCUACUGUGGCACUUUCCUAGUAUAUAAACUGCAAAAGGACACUGUGCUGUAGUUUGUCCUUCAAUCUAUUGAAUUCUGUUAUCUUUCAAUUAAUGAAAAUAUCUGCUUUGUUGUAAAGUUGAGGGGGUGAAGCAAGAAGAAACUAUACAAACAGAUAGUUUGGUUGGAAGACAUAAACCUGAAAAGAAAUGCUGCUUCAUAUGAAUGUAUUCUUAGCACUGGGAUAUGAAGGGAUAUUCGCUCCUGUUCUCCACAAGAAGAGAUUUCACAACCUGAUUCCUUCUUCUAAGGCUGCUAAUGCAAAGGCAAAUGACUCAGGAAAUACAGGCAAAGAGUAUUCCUGGUGUCACUGUGGGACUAGCAGAAGUUGUGAGGAGAUACUGCACAAUGGAAUGUGCACAAGGCAAGGCACAAAUGAUGAAUGAGCGAAAGAAAUAAGUAAGGCUUUUAUUAUGGUUCAGAAAGAGAUAGGUAUUGGUAUUUUGGAAUACAAAUUUCAGGCAAAGUGUUGAACUUCGUUAUACAGAGUCCAACAGAAGGUGAAGUCAGUAAAUACAAAGUUUAAAGACGAAUUCUAUUAGUUAAACUUGCUUGGGACAGCUGACAGAAUUUAAUUUAUUUUGUUUCUUUAAUCAUCUCUUAAGGCCCAGGAAACUGUCAGAAAUCAGGCAGCAAUCAGAAGAUAUUAAAUCAAUCUUCACAGAGCUCCUGGACAAGACACAUUUAGUGUUCCAUCACAGAGAGGGGAGUAGAAAAAUUAGAUAUCUCGGCUUCAUAUACCAUUUCCAGGGAAACAGAUGAGGAUGUAAGGCAGGAAGUGGAAACGGUGAAGAAAUGAUCAUUUUAAAGUGCAAGAUUGGAUGGCAGAUAUUGUAUUAUCUGUUUCCCUUUGAUCAGAUGCUGGAUAAAAAAAUGUAAAGGAAAAACCAUCUGCUCUGCUCCUAGAUUUAAAUUCUAACUUAUGUCCUUUGAGUGAUACACUACCACAGCAAGUCAACAAGAAAGGUAAGAUGAUGGAGGUUUGCAUGGAUUUUGUAGGGGUUUACUGUGGUGAUGUUUUUCAGUUGUAGUGAAAAGCUAUGCACAGGAAUUAGUCUUCUGGGAGCAGGGAGGGAAGCUACCGUGGAUAGCUGUUAAGGAACAGGGAUGUCUGCCCUUUCCAGGCAAGAGUGGGCCUAAAAAGACUGUCCUCUACUUGCAGUGCCAAAAGCUGGUCUGGUUCUUUCCAUACUUAAGGGCAUUACCACUCAAAUCUCAUGAUACAGAUCAAAGUGUCUGGUCUGCAAAAGGUACAUUGGACUCCUUGGUUGGUCGCCAGUCAAGAAUUAGAUGUUUUAUGCAAGCAGUUUGUAUUGCAACACCUGAUUUUACAAGAAGUUCAUGCUGUAAAUGAACACGAUACACAAAGGUGUCCUUAGGUUGUAUUUCAGUCGCAAAUUACUCCUUAGGGCAAAAAUUUAAUACAAAUAUACCUCAGGGUUAAAUCUUCAUUCAGAAGUCUUAGACGCAUUUUCUGGGUCAUAACUUAAAACUACCCACUUUAAUGAAUGAACAGUAUGAGAAAUACAGUUCUACAGCUCAUAAAAUGGUGUUCCUGUGCUGUGUCAUUUCUUUUUGGUGGACAAGAGGAGUAAGUCAGCACAGAUUUAUUCCAGUACAGCGUUUGCCUAGUACUGUCACUUUUUAAUUUAGUUUUUUCGCCAGUUGAGAUUUCUCUUUCUCUUUCUUUUCUAUAAGGCAGGGUAAUUUUUUGUUGGUUUGUUUUCUAUCAACAGUUUUUGUUUAAUAUCCACACACAGUUGAAAAGCUGCGACUAAAAUUAGAGGCUUGGGUUUUGGCACUGAAAGAGAUACAGCUAAAACCCACUGUUUCCCUAUCUGCAGCCAAAGAAAAUGGGACAAAAAAAGAAGUAUCAAAAGAACACACCCAUCCUGUCUGGGUAUGUUCUCUGCUUUCAGAAAGACAAUAAUCAAUUUCUCUGUCAUGGAGCAUAGAUUUAUUAGUAAUGGGAAGGAAUUUUUUUAGUAAAACCUGGAAUAUGAUGUAUUAUAAUAGUUCUUUUCUAACAUAAACUUCUGGUUGAGUCAGUCAUUGUCUUGUCCACCCAUCUGAGAUAUGUGAAGAGAGAAAUUUCUGGAGGUAUGAAAAAAGAUGCAGGCUAUUAUAGAGAAGUUUGUAAUGUAUUUGCUGAAAUGAAGGCAGCCCAAAUCAGAUUACUAACCUGCUCUUGUACAAAUAUUGGUAUGGUGACUGAAUCUUUAUUACUCAGCUGCCAUUUUGUGAAGUGUUUCUUGUCAAAUCUAAAAAGGUGCCUGCCCUCUUCAGUUCAGACAUCUGAACCUCCACGUUUUAUAUAACGCUUUACAGAUGGCUUGUUCCAUGUAAGUACAAGGAACUGUCUCUCCAUUAAUAAUUUAUUGUAAAGGUGCUAUGCAAUGGCUUUAAAAAAGCAAAUUCAAAUCUACGUUACGCCAUGCUGAUGAGUCCUCAUUUUAAACACAUGUGCCUGACUUGAUCUCUUUUAAGAUUUCAGACCCAGCGUGCAAACCUGUUAAACAAUCAAAAAUUCAACAGAAGUACACAGGAGAAGUUGCAUUGCAAGACAUGGUUUUAUUAAUUUAUAGUGAAACACUUUGAAAUGCCUCUCAAAUGUAUCAUUGAUAGUCACUUAAAGUUUCUUUCAUAAUGCAAUAAUACAGUAACAUAAUAAAAGUACGAAUGUAUAUUGUAAUUUUUAUAUGAUGUAAGUUAUAUAUUUGUGAAAAAUCCGAUGUCUUAAAGAACUGGGUAACAUGAUGAUAUUUUAUAAUAUAGAAAUAGUUUUAAUUUAAUGCAUGUUUUUUAUUUAUGAUGGAUUGUACUCAAUAUGGGGAGAUUUGGAACUUGUUGAUAUUCAUUUUUAUUUACAAAAACUGAUGGUGAUACUUUAUUUUGUCAUAUCAUUGUGAAGCACCUGAAAAUAAAGGGUGAUAAGAUACUUUU